UUUACAAAAAUCAGUGUAGUUAGCAGAAAUAUUCAAAAUGUUCCGAGCGUGGGCUUUAUUAGCAUUUAUUUUUCCGGUUGUAGUUUUUUCUAAUGAAAUCGCUUUUGAUAGUCAAAACGUUUCUACCGAUACAAAAAACAUAGUUUUACCGAACACGAUUAAUUCAAAAUUGGACGACAGUAUUGCCACGGGAAUCGAGCCGAUUUAUCCUGAGAGCUGGUUAGCCAAUCUCUUCUAUCAAUCGUUAGUGGGGUUCUCAGUCACAGAUGUUGGAAAUUCGGCUUGUCAACUACAGUCAAAGUUGUACUUGAGCCAUUUAAAAAACAAUUCCUACUGGGCAGUAAAAAUGGCAGAUUCAUGGCCUAGAUACCUAAACGGAUUAUUGAUAGGCAAUACACAUCACAUUGGCGUUUAUGACGAGUGCAUUAGUGUGCAUCAGCCUAUUCAAGGAAAAUAUUGUUUGUCAAACAUCGAACUUCGAACUUCAACUGACCAAAACUUCACACAGUACAGUAAAGAUAAAUAUACCAGUUUCGAUAAUGCUUGGCAAGAAAUACUCGGGUUUAUCGAUUAUGGUGAUCGGUAUAAAAGAAAUGUUAUCAAACUCGGCGUCUGUAUACCAGAGGCGUGUACAUCCGAAGAUCUUGAAGUUUCAUUACAAAGAGAACUGGAUCGUAUAUUCCAAGCACAUCAACUAACAACCCAAGUCAAAGUUAAACCAGAAUUUUGUAGCACCAACAUAAGUUUUUUCCCGUACGAUACAGGAUAUUAUGUAACUUGCAUUAUUAUUGGAUUGCUGAUUUUGGUCGUUUCUUUUUCGACGGUUUACCAUUUAGUUGCUUGCUGCAAUGGACGAGAAAACAAACCGUGGCAUGUUUUUUCAGCGCAAAUUUUAGAAAUUACAAAUAUAUUUUCUGUAAUAACAAACGGAAAAGAUCUCUAUGAGUUUGAUAAGAAUAAUGAACUCAGUAUAUUUAACGGUGUGUCAUCGUUAUUAAUGAUGAUGACGAUAAUAACACAUGAAUGGAUAAUUAGUAUCACUGGUCCGUAUUUGUAUCCGAAACCAAUAGAAGAGUUUUAUCAAGAUGCCCACUAUAAUUUAUUUUUAAGUGUAAAUAAUGGAAUUGACUAUUUCCUAUUUAUUUCUGGUUACAUCUUAUACACAAUUAUGAUUACCAAAUUCAGAAAACCCGAAUGCAAUUGGUUUCAAAUCCCAAAGAUAAUUAUCUACAAAUAUCUAAAAUCUCUCCCGGUUCACGUCACAAUGAUACUUCUUACGAUAUUUAUUAUCCCUCAUUUGGGAAAUGGUCCUUUUUGGGCAAACCAAAUAGGUCUAGAUGCAAACAAAUGCAAACAAUAUUGGUGGACUAACCUAUUGGUUAUUAAUAAUUUCAUUGAAGGUGGAAAACAGUGUCUCUUCGCUGGUUAUUACACUUCAUUACAACUACAGCUGAUAGUUAUUGGAAUGAUCGUUGUUUACAUUUAUGGAAAAAACCGUAAAAUCGGUACUGGUGUAUUAGCCUUGAUGAUUUCCGCGUCGUUAAUCAUUCCAUUUGCUUUAACUUACUAUUCAAAAUCAGAAGGAAUUACCAAAUUCAAUAUAUCGUUUUUGUUAAACUUAAGUGAAUCAACUACGUCAAACUCAUAUCAUUACACGCAUCUAUACAGCCAGCUCUAUGUACGGGGUUUACCAUUUUAUAUUGGGCUGUUAGCAGGUAUUAUUGUCGAAGUUUUAAAAAAAAAGGAUAUCAAAAUGUCUAAGACAACUACUCUUAUAACUACUAUGGUCGCUUUUGGUCUUUACAUGUAUGUCCAAUUGUACAGUAAUGUAUUUUAUCAGAGACACAGGGAUUACAAUGCAAUCGAGUCUUCUAUUUAUGCAGCCAUUGGUCAUUUAAAUACGCCCUUAUUCCUUAUGUGGUGUGCUAUCUGUUAUACGACAUCUAGUUAUGGUUUUCUAGAAAAAUUACUGAACAAUCGAUUCAGUAAUUCAUUACACAAACUAUCUUAUUCAGUAUACCUGGUCAAUUGUACCGUAAUACGUAUGGUGGUAUCCUCUGUACGGGCAUCGGAAGUACUGACAACCCAAAUGAUCUUUAUGAAAUUUAUUUACACAAUAUUGACGUCAUAUUUAGCUGGUCUAAUAAUGCAUUUGCUUGUUGACGCGCCGUUUGGUUUACUAAUAAACCGAGUUAUUUUGGGAAGAAGAUCUAGCAGAAAAGUAAAAGACGAUUAACACGGAACAAAUUCGAAAUGUGAAAAAAUCCACUGCAAAACAAAAUAACACGACUAACCUCUAAAUGUUUACUAACCUAUAUGUUUUUUACUAUAUUAUAUUGUUAUCUGUUAUAAUUUAUGUAUUGUAUACGUUUUGUUUUAUUUUGAAUUGUAAAUUUCUAUUUUUAAUUAUCAUUUUUAUGUGUUUAUAUAUAUUAUUUGUGAAGGGUAAAUGUAAUUAGAUAGGAUCAGUGCGAUGAGUGCAAGAUUUUAUAAAAAAUAACCUUUCUUUUAAAUUGAUUUGGCCUAUUACAACACCGUAACAUCAGCUAGUUAAAAUAAAAUAUGUUCAAUUAUUACUGUUCAGUGUUAGUUGUGUUUAAUUAUACACAGAGUGCCUACUUCAUUUUGGGUAAAACACAUGGUUUCUCGGAAGAUAUUAAUAUAUCGGAAAAAAAAAUUUCUUUUUCUCUUUUGACAAAAACUAUAUAAAAGGUAAUUUUAUACAAUACAAAUUCAACUAGCGUUUUUAAUUUAUGUUAAAAGUUUUUUUUCCGAAAACAUUUCAUCAUUUGAAAACCAAUGUUACCAUGUCAGAAUUAUCAACGGCUUAGUAGUUUUAAGAACGAGCCAUAUCAAUUACUAUGGAAAUGUAUUUUCAAUUGGACCCAUGACCUUGCAAUUAUAUUAUGUCAAGGUGUAAUUUAUAAAUAUAAUGCAUUUAAUUGUGU